CAAGGUCAUGGCCUCACCGCACACGGCCUCGAACCAAACCCAAACCAAACCGGACCGGACCGUCUGAGCAGACAGGAAGCGAAAAGCGAGACACGGGAGGUUCGCCGCCGACGCCGACGGGCAGGAUGCAGCGCGCGUCGCUUGCGUCCGCCUUGCUGCUCUGCUCCCUCUGCUCCUUAUCCCCAGAGCCGUCCCUGGCGUUCCUCGACGGCACACCCGGCGCCGGGGCGUACAUUUCUCGGCUGCUCGGCGAGGGCUACGGCGACGAGAAGGUCCCCAUGGCCGUCGUGGUGCCGUCCGUGCCAGAUUUAUCCCCGCUGCCGGCACCGCCCGCUGUGGCUGUUGCCGCGCCCGGGCCUGCGCCCACGCCGGUGCCCAGCUCGGAGGACUACAUGCCGAAGCUGCCGUCGGAGAGGCUGGGCCCUGGGGCGCCGGCCAGCGGCACUGCGGGCGCCCCGGCGCCUGCCGCUUCGGGCGACGGCGCGAGCACGGCCUUCAUCAGCAGCAACCCCGCGGUGCCGCUCCCGGCCGGCGUUACCGACUCCGCCACCGUCCUGCCCAUGCCCACCCCCGGACAAGAACAGCGGCAGGACGUGGGGAUGGGCAGCCUGCUUCAGGCCAGGGCGGUGCCGUUGGUCGUUCCCCUCGUCAUGGUGCUGUACUUUUGAGCUUUCUUGUUGGGGGCAGUAGAGUAGUUCUUUCUCUUAGGACUGAUGCAUCGAGUGAUUAGUUGUCAGCAUCUGCGCUUGUAAUCAGCACGCAGCCGUUCUUUCGUCUAGGCUCUUGUAAGCUCUAAUCAUCUCCAAACAAUGUCAACCUCUGCUUACUGCA